UUUGUUGUCAAUUGUCAUAUUAAGCGCUGAGAUGAUCAGAUUUAAUCAUCUAAUGAAGAAUCUAGCUGAAAUAUAAAUAAAGUUAAUAUGUGAUAUUAGAUUAUUAAAAUUUGAUUUUCUAAUAAGGCAAAAUACAUAGUGGAACAAUUUGAUACAGCUGAAUGAUUGCCUUCAAAAUAAAUAUAUCUACACGUUUUUCAAAUAAAAUGACUGCGUUUUUAAGAAGGUGAGAGGUGAUGGUAAAGAUAUCUGCUACUAGUCUCACUCACAUACUACGAUGGAUCUUCACUUAUCACUUUAAUGAACUAAUUGACACCUUUCUAUGGUGGUUGGGCUAAUUUAUAAUUUAAACAAAUAAUAUUUCUAGCACAUGGUUAAGGUAUUGCAUGUUUGUAACCACUCUAGUCAUAUAGCUUUCAUAAAAUGACCAACGCCCAAAAACAGACGCGCAGAUUCGAAUGCGGAAUUUGCAAUAAGAAAUUUUUCAGUUGUAAUGAUUUGCGAAAACACAUUCGAAUUCAUACUGAUGAACGACCUUAUUCUUGCAACGAAUGUGGACAAGCAUUUCGACAAGCCGGUUCUUUAAAAAAUCACAUUGCUUGUAAACAUUCGCCGGGAUUGCAAAGCAAGACAAUAUUCAUCUGCCAUUUUUGUAAAAAAGUUUUCCCUUUAAAAGAUAGAUUGAAAUUACAUCUUAGAACACAUACUGGUGACAAACCUUAUGAAUGUGAUAGAUGCAAGAAGCGGUUUGCGAGAGGAAGUCAACUUAGUCAACACAUGUUAACGCAUACAGGUUAUAAACCUUACACGUGCCUGAUAUGUCAAUCAUCAUUUACGUGUUCAGCUAAUCUCAAAUUUCAUAUGAAUAGACACAUGGAAAUUAGGAAUUUUGUAUGUGAUAUUUGUGGAAAGAGUUUUUUCAGAAGAGACGCUUUGAAGAAACACGUGAAUUGUUACCAUAAUAACGUUAAAGCUUUCCAUUGUCACAUAUGUAAGAAGAAUCUCAAAGGGCAUUUGCCGCAACAUAUGAGGAUUCAUCGACAAGAUAAACCUCACGGUUGUGCUCAUUGUGGAGCUCGGUUUACUCAAAGAUCUCAAUUAACUGUACAUCAAAGAACCCACAGCGGCGAGAGACCUUACAGAUGUCAAAUUUGUUGGAAAGCUUUUGCACAUUCUACCGCUCUACGACUACAUACACGACGGCAUACCGGUGAGAAACCGUUUUGUUGUAUCUUGUGCAACGCGUCCUUCAGUCAAUUGCCUCAUUUAAAGAAACAUAUGUCAACUAUUCAUAAAACUAACAAACCGUACGGUUGUUGCCAUUGUAAAACCUUCCAUAAAACUAAAAUCGAUUUAGAGAACCACUAUUUAAAAUGCGUGAUAUUAAUAAACAAUCCCAAAUUACAAGAAUCAAAAACCGCAAAAAUCAGCGUUGAUUCCAUAAUGCCUCUCGAAAAAAUGAGGUAUUUACUUGCCAUUUUACUAAAAAAAAUAUCUUCUCCGGAUCGUUUGAAAGCCUUGGGUUUUAAUAAAAGAUUAAUAGACGAGAUUCUUAUAGAUUCAAUCGAAAAUUCUGGUCGCGAACCUUGCAAAGACAUGACCUUACCUCCCGCUGAAAAGUUGAAACAAAACGUACAAAUUUUAUUAGACUGGACUGUUCCCAAAGCGUUUAUGGACAAAUUUAAACAGGAUCGGAUAUCCACUGAGGAACUUUUGAAAGAAUUGACUUCAUAAUUACCAGACUUGCUGUGUUUUAUUGAAAUUUUGUUUUGAAAAGGAUAAAAUUGUUUUAGUCAAUCGAAUCUUUAUAUUAUUUGAAGUACCACCUGUCCUUUUUUAUUUAAAGGAAUAUUUGAUUUCAAUUUUUAUUUUCUGAGUGAUAAUUAAACAAUUUGUAUCAACUUAACUUUUAUAUAUUUUGUCUUCUGAUUCUUGUUCUAAAAAAUAUUUGUAAAAAUUAUAAAACCGAUUGGAAUUUUUCAAAAUCGCACCGUUCCACAUUCACAUCUGCUGUUUUCCAGUUUUCGUAGGCUUCUAGAAAAGCAGUUCAACUCCUGCAUUACGGCCUAUUGGACCGCUAGAUCGAGCCAUAAUGUUUCCUCUUGAGCGUCGAUUUUAUUUUCGGGAAUAGAAAAAAGUUUGGUGGGGCCAAGAGAAUUAUAACGGUUGGCCUUUUACUCCUCUGACAACACUCGCGCCACCAACACUUAUAUUUUCGUUGGUCCUACAGGUCGAAGGACGUCCGGAGCAGUCGUCGUCUUCUAUGCUUUCCCCACCUCUUGGAACAGCUUAUGCCACUCAAAAAUACCCGAUCUAGCUUUGACAGCACCACCGUAGACACCUCAUAGCUAAGUUUUAUGUCACGAUAUCAAAAACUUCGGUUUUAGGAAUGUUCAACUCAUCAGCAAUCAUUCUGAUAUUAAUCCUACGAUCUCUGAUCAAUAAAUUUUUACUCGCGAUAUAUUUUCGUUGGUCCUACAAGUCGAAGGAUGUUUGGAGCAAUCGUCGUCUUCUAUUCUUUCCCUACCUCCUCGGAACAGCUUAUGCCACUCAAAAAUACCCGAUCUAGCUUUGACAGCACCACCGUAGACACCUCAUAGCUAAGUUUUAUGUCACGAUAUCAAAAACUUCGGUUUUAAGAAUACUCAACUCAUCAGCAAUCAUUCUGAUAUUAAUCCUACGAUCUCUGAUCAAUAAAUUUUUACUCGCGAUAUAUUUUCGUUGGUCCUACAAGUCGAAGGAUGUUUGGAGCAAUCGUCGUCUUCUAUUCUUUCCCUUCCUCUUCGGAAUAGCUUAUGCCACUCAAAAAUACCCGAUCUAGGGAAACAACGCAAAGUUUCCAUACAAUGCAAAAUAGUUCGGCUACUCGACUAGAGACGGCGUUACUGUGCGCAACGUCCACUAGUUCGGCUGCAACUGCGUCUGCCUCUCGUCGAAAGGUGGUAAUAUUAACAUAAGGUAAUAUUAUACCCCCAAAACCCUCCCUUUGGCUACGCCCGAGCCUUAUAGUUUACUAAAUCUUAUUUUAAGCUUGGUUUAUGCUGCCUAAAAAAAUCAAAAUUAAAUUAACAAAUUAAAAUUACUAAUUGAAAAACACUGAAAUGGUACUUGUGGUUCAUGCAGAAAAUUAACAGUAAAUUUAAAUUGAAAUUAAACUGAGAUUUCGCCAACUUUUAACUUCUUAGUUUAAUUUCUUAAUUUUGUGAGGUUAUGAUCGUAGAAUACGUCAGAUCAGUCUGUAUUGGUGGUAUAUGGCAAUCCAGAACCAUGACCUACGCAACAUUAAUAUGGUCGCUGGGCGACAUACAACAUGUUUAACGCUUCAGUGUAAUUGGUCGUUCUGUUGCCUUGCAUUGCCUAAGAUUUAUUUUCAAAAGACAUUCGUUAUAACGUGUUGUGCUUAUAUUCCAAAUCUAUAUCCCCAAUUCUGGUAAUCCAGAUUUAAACGUUACUUUAUUAUUGUUUUUUUGCCUCUAAGAAUGAAUUACUAUGUAUGACUCCAGUAAACGUACAGUAAUUUCAAAAACUGUGUAGUUAUUUAAGCUUGUAUAAUAUUCAGUUUUUUUCUUAAAGUUUCGCUAUAAAGGGUGGGUCGUAAUAUACUGUUACGAGCUAAUUUAAUAAAAGGUUCAAAUGUUCAAAUGAUAAAUCUGUCUGCACUUCUUGAGUACAUUCGUAUGGAAAUUCUCCUGGAACAUUUUCUGCACUUGUUUCAAUCUCUUCUAGUAAAUACUAAAGUUAUUCUUUUAUAAAAAGAUAAUAUUCAAUAAAAAUAUGCCAAAUUAGAGCUGAGACUACGGAUAGAUAAGAAGUUGGCUUCAUCAAGGAUCUUCCCCGGCAACCUUUCACAAUAACAGAAUUAAUUAUUGUACGAAGAUUCUUACUCUAUGAACUACAAAUCUGAUAUACUCUAAGAUUCGUAUUUUUUGUAUGGAUGAAGGUUUUACCUGUUUUAUAGCCCAUGUUUAAACUGUUUUAGUAGACUUCUAGAAAAGCAGUUCAGCUCCUGCAUCACGACCUAUUGGACCGCCUCAAUCGAGCCAUAAUGUUUCCGCUUGAGCGUCGAUUUUAUUCUCGGGAAUAGAAAAAAGUCUGGUGGGGCCAAGAGAAUUAUGAAAAGCUCGCUUUCCGGUUGGCCUUUUACUCCUCUGAAAACACUCACGGCACCAACACCAACACAGCGACAACAAGGGUUUAAUGUAUCCUCCAGAUGUACUGGUUUUCAUGAGAUAAAAGAAGCAUAGGCUGAAAUAUACUUUUCCUAGGUUGCUCUUCUUUUAAAUCUACUCUUUUUAUAGCAUCUAGUCAUCGUUUUCUACGUUCCUUGGUCAGCUGGUUAUUAAAAAUUGACAGCAUACCUUUCAGAUCUACUUCCACACAAAGUUAGAUAGGUGUGUCGUUCAUCAGCCAUAUUUGUUUUCAAGUGACAGCUGUUUGAAAAUGCCUAUUGUUUUGUUCACAAAAUCCUUGUCUUUGGUUAUUUUUCAAAAAAUAAUAAGAAGAAGCAAUGUCUGAAAGUCAGUAAUGUCUUGCAAUACUGAUAGAUAGUGUCAGAAGCUUUCCACAUUUGUAUGACAAAAAGGAACCAUACAUACAAUUUCUAUUGGUUUACCAGUAAAUUAUAAUUAUUCUUAAGUUACUCUAUAAACCAAAAAAAUUUCUAAAUUUAGAAAGUUUAGUUUAAUGUUGAUUUUAAAUUAGUUUCAAUUUUGGCUGCAUAAACUAAGCUUUACAGGUCUUCACAAAUCGUUUGGUUAUUUCCAGACGUCUCCAACUUUCUUUGGGUGCUUAUUUUCUUAAUGUUUUUUUCUAUCUUCUUUGUUUGAUAAUCAUUUGUUUAUUCAUUAUUAGUAGAUUGGUGAUGAGAAGAAUUUAUAUGAACACUUUUAAAAAAGUGAUUCGAGUGAUGUUUGAUUUCCAUAAAAAAUUCUUUUUGAAAGAUUUCUUUGAUAAGGGAGGAUUACUAAAAUACCUCAUUUUCAUAUUUAAGAGGGCAGUGUACUAGUUAUUUAACUAAUUAAAUAAAUAAACAUAUUUUAUCCUAUUUGAAACAUAUAUUUUAUAUAAAACGAAGAUACAAAUAUAUCUAAAGAAAAUCUUUUAUAUAAUUUUGUACUAUAUAUUUUUAUUAAAGCAAAAGUUUUAAGUAUAGUUGCUUAUAAAGACUUUUUUGGCAAUAACAUUGUCGAUUAUUGAUUAUUUCCAUACAUUUUUAAUUCUGUAGCAACAAUCAAAAACAUUUAUUUUUUUUAUUCCAAGUUGUACUUGUAGAAACAAUUCCUAUUUUUGCUAUUCGCUUUUUUAUAUAUAGUUUUAUUAAUUUCAAUACAAAAAAUAAAAAUUUUAUACAUAAUAUAUUCAAAAUUUGUGAAAAUGUUCAAGAUUUCUUGAAAUUUUUUUAAAAAUCUGAAUUUUAUUUAAUUUAUACCACAUAUAAACUGUUCAAUCUCAAACUCACAAAUAUAAAUGAUGCCAGGGAAGUCUCUAAACGACACAGGGAUCAAACCAGUUGUGCUUUCAAUUCUAUAUCAUGUACAGGGUGUUCAGGAACUUGAUGUAAAAAAUUCUGAAAUGAAAAUAAUGCCUUGACAUAAAAAUAAAUUCUGAUACGACCCCUCGUUUCUGAUUUAUAGGCCUUCGAAGUUGCAAAAUCAGAAUUUAUAUUUAAGUAUAUUUUCUAAUUUGUACAUUCGAACAUUAUGAAUUUUUAAUGCAUGAUUACGUAUGUCCAUGUAGUAUGUAUCUGAGGGACAGGGACGGCUCAUACCCAAUGGUUAACAAUCCGUAACUAUUACAGGGACAGGGAUUUUUAGAUCGUUGUUCAUGCCAAGGAAUUAUUUAUUAAAAAUACUUACAGGAAGUAUUAAAACACAAUAAAACAUCGUUUUACUUACACAAAUAAUUUAGUUGGUUAGCCUACAAUUUAUUAAAUAAAAUAAAAAAAAAAACUAGAAUGAAUGUUCGAAGUGGGUACCUUCCGGAGUCUACGGAGGAUAUUUCUUUGAACUUGGAAAAGCAUUCUGUCUCAUAGCGUCACAAUGGAAGUUUAUUCUAUCGAUCAUUUCGUUCUUUGUGUUUAUCGGUGUUACAUAUACCAAGCUUUUAAGAUAUCCCCAAAAAAAUGAAUCCAUUGUAUUUAAUUCAGUGGAACGUGGUGACCAUACAAAAGGACCUCCACGACUAUUCCACCUUUAAGAAAAAUGAUAUUUUACAUCAUUAAGGAAGUGGGGAAGGGCUCCAUCGCGCGUGAAUCACAUGUCUCUGCGAAUUUUUAAAGGAACAUCACGUAACAUGGGUGGGAAAUCAUUUUGUAGAAAUGUUUGAUGGUAUUUUAAUAUUCCCUAUGAGUAUUUUCAAUAAAUAAUUACAAUUUAUGGUAAUUUUCUUCAGAAUGUCUCUUUAUGGCGAACGGAUUUGUUGGCAUGUACAACGGUCUAAAAAUCUACAUAUCUCCCAAAGCAUAAAUUUUAUCUAAUUAAACAAAGAGUACGUUUUUGUUAAAAAAUCGAUUGAAAAUUGAAAAUUGUACAGAUUGCUUCUGUAAAAGUUAUUUUUUGUUAACUAUUGGGCAUGAGCCUUCCUUGAACUUCAGAUAGUAGUGUAGAAUUACUUAUUUAGUCAAACACUCAACUCAUUUCUAUUUAUUUAUCAGUUCCUUUAUUUUCAAUGAUAUUCUGUUUGUUAGCAAGUUUUAACAGUAAAUAUCUGUCUUCGAGAGUAAAAUUGCUACUUCGUUGCUUGGUAUUAGUAUUUUCCAUUUCUUUAGAAUAAAUUUCUUUCACAAAAAAAUCAUCAAAGCUCACACAGACCGGAAGCCAAAUAUAUUUCAAAAAACAAUAUUUGGAUUCAGAUGCAAGUUUUCAAAUUGCUGUUAAUUGUUAAAAAAUUGAUUGAAAAAUCGAUUUUUGUUUGUCCAGGUUAUCCUGUAAGAGUUAUGGUUUGUUAAUCAUUGGGCAUGAGCCGCCUCUGGCCUUCAGAUAGUAGUGUAGAAUUAUUUAUGCCCUCAAACACAGUACAUGGACAUACGUAUUCAUCAAUUAAAAACUCACAAUGUUCGAAUGUGUAAUUUAGAAAAUAUACUUAAAAAUAAGUUUUGAUUUCGUAAAUUUUAAGGCCUAUAACUCAGAAACGACAAGUCGUGAAAAAUUUCACAGUAUUAUUUUCACGUCAACUACUUACUUACGAAUUUUUGCCCGGAAACCUUGCGACCAUCCAAUUAUAUGUUAAUUUUGAGAAUAGUUGUCAAGUUUUCACGUGGUAAUAUACUGGGUAUGUCGAUAAUGACUGGACUAUUAGCCAUUUAAAUAAUGAAAGAAGUUAUAAGGCAUCCAAUAAUUACAAAUUUAAUUUCUUCUCAAAAGUUCCUACAGAAUUAAAUUUUGUGUAUUGUAGAAAUUUAAUUUCCUUUUAAAAUACCAAAGAAUUUCAAUAUUUAUAAAAACUGUAGACAAUUAUUUUAUCUUUUAGUUGGAAAUUAUUAGCUUACACUGGGUAUCGGUAUAAAAUGAAACCUUUGAUAAUAAGUACAAAGCGUCAGACAUAAAGUCCUUAAAAUAAGAUUAAAUAAAAUUUUAAACACCAAUCAUAGUUGUUCCUGAGUCUGGGAACAUUCGUAUUUAUAUUUGAAUUUUUGUCUUUGUGUCUGUCUUUAUAUUUGUGUUUCUUGCAAUAAAAAUUUGGUAACAUUUAUACAUCAUUGUAUCGUUAUUACAAUUUCCUAAAUUACAGUGUACAAAUUUUUAAAAAAUUGAGAUUACAAUUGAAAUAUUUCUGGAAAUUUGUAAGAUAUGUUGAAGUAGAAAAUAUUACCAUUUAUUAAAAUUCUUAGUUACCAGUGAAUCAUAAUAAUUACCUACAGUUCCCACAAGCUUUGGUCUGGUUGGAAAAAAUCGGUCAUCUUCAUAACAGAAAUUUUUCCAGUAGAGCCGUUUCUCAGCCGCGCUUGGGAAAUUAAUAUGUACCGAAACUCUCGUUGUUACUGUGUCUUUAGAAUAUUGGUUUUUGAAACACCAUAAGAGAAUCUAGUCCUUUAUGUCAAUAUUUUCUUCAAAUCACGAUGCUUUAGAGACUUUUCAGUACUUAUAGCUUUGAGACCAAACUUAAUAUCCCUUUUAAUUUCCAAUAUCGACUUUCUGAUUCUAAAAGACCUCCCCUUGCACUAUCGGUGUCUUUUCGUCGUGGCUGUUUACACUACCACAACACUGACAAUUACACCAUCUGACGCCUAUUUUGAUAACAAAGAUAUCUUCAAAGACUGAAAUUCCAACUUAGGGCCAAGUAGUUUGAUGACCUUCUUCCAAUUACGGUUGGUGUAAUCACUUCCACUGGAAGGCUUUCAUGAGCUGCAGGAUCAGCAAGUAUCCAUACUCCUCAACCUCUUUUCAAUUUGAGCGAAAACCCUAUCAGUAGGAGUUAAAUUAAUGCCCAGGAAUGGAAAAAUAUUUUUUUUUUACUUCGCUUCAGAGAGCUUUAGAUGAUAGCUCCCAUAAGGGCUGCUUCGGGUUCCCAAUGUGAUAAUAUUUGUAUCAAUAAACUUGUAAAACCGUAGAAAAUCAUGAUAAUCAGAUGAUAGUAACCUAGCAGAACUUAAAUGGAGAUCAAAAAGGCAAUACGAGUGAAUAUAGUAGUGUUCAUACUUACAAAACAUUCUCCUGGUUUCUUUUACUUGUGAUUGGAUUCCUCUGCUUCUUCUUGGUUUGAUUUGCUGGCAUUAUAUCAACGAAUAUCUUCAUUUCUUUAAGCUAAAAUCAUCUUCUUCUUCUUUUAAUGCUUAUCCAUUAAUGGAUGUUCGCGACCGACCACAUUUUUCAUGGCUUCUCUAUCUCUAGCGGUAUGGAUCAAUGUCUGAAUAUCUUUUACACCCCUCCACUGCCUCACGUUCCGUAACCAUGACAUCCUCUUCCGUCCCAAUCCUCUCUUACCUUCAAUCUUGCCCUCGACUAUCAGCUGAAAGAAUUGAUAUUUAUGGCCUCGCAUUAUAUGACCAAGGUAUGCAAUCUUUCGUUUCUUCACGAUGUUAAAGAGUUCACGGUCUUUAUUGAUACGCCUGAGAAUAUCCUCAUUCCUCACUUUGGCAGUCCAUGGUAUCUUCAGAAUUCUACGAUAUACCCACAUUUCGAAUGCCUCUAAUUUGUUGAUGUUUUUCACCUUAAGGGUCCAACUCUCCAUCCCGUAAAGAAGUACUGACCAAAUAUAGCACCGCACAACUUCGAGCUUGUUCAAUUCAGCAUUUUAUUUCACCGUCCGACGACCAUUCUUCAUAGAGCCAUGUUCCUAGAUAUUUAAAUUUUUCUAUCCGUUCUAUAGGUUUUCCAUUAUAUGUUACUCUAGAUUUUCUAAACGUAUUCGCUUCCCUAGUGAUAAUCAUGAAUUUAGUUUUUUUGAUGUUGAUGUUUAAUCCCACGUUUUGGCUAUGUCCGCCUACUAUAUUAAUUGACCCAGACUCCAUUGACUUUGAUCCCAAUGUCUCUAUCUUCAAGUGACUCUCGAAAGAUGGCUUCAGAGUAUAUAUUAAACAGGAGCGGCGACAAUAUACAACCUUGACGUACUCCUCUGCGAAUCCGAACUUGCUCAGUUAGAUCAUGAUUUACUUUGACUUGCUCUUUUUGGUGCCAGUACAGAUUUUCGAUACAUCGAAUGUCCUUUUCGUCCAAAUCCAAUUUUUUAAGGAGCUGCAUAAGUUUGUGAUGUUGAACUUUAUCGAAAGCCUUUUCGUAGUCUAUGAAGCAUUGACAAACAUUUUUUCUUUGGUCUUAGCAGUUCUAUACAAGGACCUGUGUUGCGACUAUUGCCUCUCUUGCACCUAACCCCUGUCUAAAUCCAAAUUGCGAGAAGCUUAUAUGAUUAUCACAUUUCCUAUAUAAUCACUGAUGUAUUAUUCUUAGGAAUAUUUUUAGGGAGUGGCUCAUAAGGCUAAUUAGCCUAUGAUCUUCACACUUUCUUGCGUUCGAUUUUUUUUGGAUAGGAAUAAAAGCACUCUAAUGCCCCUUUCGUCCAGUAGUUUCAGUAUUUCUGAUGGUAUUUCAUCUGGACCAGCUGCUUUAUUGUUUUUAGCGACUAGUACAGCCUUUUCUACCUCUUCUUUGGUAAUAGAAGGUUCAGAUAGACAUUCUUCUGCAUCGAGUUCUCUGGUCUGGUCUAUUGUCGUCAAAAAGUUUUUCUACAUAGUCUUCUUAUAUCCUGCAUUUCUCAUGAUCUUCCAUAACUAUUUGGUUGUCCUGGUUGGUUAUUAUACCUAGAUUUCGUUUUUUUAAUAUACCAGCGGCUUCCUUUAAUCUUUUAUGGAGGUUGAAAUCAUCGCGUAUCUUCGUUGCAGUUGUUCUAUUUCGUUGCACUCGUUUUUAAGCCGUUCAUUUUUUGCAACUUUAAUUUUUGAUCUUUUUGAGUCUCUGUACUUAUUUAUGUCCUUUAGUUUUCUACUCUCAUCCAUUAACAGCAAAAUUUCAUCGGUCAUCCAUUUUUGUUUUUUAUUUCUAGAUUUGAAUCCUUGAACACUUUGUGAGGUAUUUCUUGCUAUUUCUACCCAUGAUUUUGGCGGGUCGUCCUCUUCGACCGUGGAAUCUAACUUCUGUAUCUGAGUUUAAUCGCGCUUGUCCUUUAUUCAGAACUUUCUGUUAUCCAUAAAAGAUUUAAAUAACACCGUCGUCAGACGUAGAUGAGUUGACCGGUUUUGCAACCAAACGACAUAAAUUACUUGUUUUUUUUAUUAUUAUUUUUUAUAUAUAUAUAUUUUCAAAUACCAAAUACUUUUUUCAAUAGAAAUAUCUUGCCAUAUACUAUUUUAAUUUUAUGGGGUAUAAAUCUGACUGUACCUGUUUAUUUUAGAGAAAAACUGUUUAUUUAUAUUUUAUUUUUACAAAAUGUGAUUGAAACUCGCUGUAGAGUAUGUUUUUAAUUACAAAAACGGAAAAUAAUUCAUGUAGGUCUACCUAUGUGGUUUUUACAGAUAUUCCAUAAAGUUAUUUAUAAAUUAUAUCGGUAUUUUGAGGUUAUAAGUUUUGUUUAUUUAAAUUUUGAUCAAAUUGGGAUUAUUUUCGAACACGAUGUCAGUAAGUGAUGUGAAAAUUAAUUUUUUAUAAUAUAAACAAUAUAUUUUACUAUUACUGAAUUGAUUAAAUACAAAAAACUUAUCAAACCAAAACGUUUGGACCACGGUUGCCAACCGUUCCGGAUUUCUCGGGACGGUCCCGAUUUCUAUUCGCUAGUCCCGUGUUGUCUGCUCCCGGGACACGGAUUUUUCAGAGUUAAGCAGUAAAAAUGUAACAGGUUUUGCUGCUAAAACAAUCGAAAUGUCUUUCUUCUCGGUAGCCUAACCUAGAGGUCUAUUGUAAUACCAGUUUUUUCUGUUGGCAAGCCUUCAACUUUGACGGUUCAGGAGAAAAGGGGUCGGAUUUUUGCUAGUGUCAAAGUACCAGAAACCACUGCAUGGAUUUGAUAAGAACCGAAGUUCUCAUAACUUUAAAAUUUAGAGAUGAUUGCACUGAUUUUUUGUCUUAUUUUAAACAAGAUAAGGGCUUGAUAAAUGUUGCGUGUCCCGGAUUAUUUGGCCGGAAGUUGGCAACCCUGGUUUGGACUAUGAUUUAUAAUACGCCAUAUUGUCAUCAGCAAUUUAUAACCUCUAAAAUUCUUUUAGUUAUUUCGAUUAUUGAUUAUAUAAUGAUCCAAAAGUACAGUUAAAUAAAUUUGGAAGGUUUUCCGUCUUUGGAAUUAUUUUAUUUUUAUUUACUUUAUAAAAAACAUACUUUUUAUUGGUGUUAGAGGCUGAAAAAAAUUUAUUUAUACACAUUUACAUCGUCAUCAAGUAGAAUAUUGUUUUUAUUUAUAGCCUUAAUUUUUUGUUGGUUUUUAGGAAACUUUCCGAGUUCAUAAUUUUUUAUCUUGUUAUAUGCAGCAAGUUGUCGUUUUUAAUUUGUUUUUACUAUUUUUUAUUCUUUUUAUAAUUUUAUACUCGCAGUCCCCUCGUUUUUUUGGUUCUAGAAAAUCGAAAAAUCAUCCGAUUGUGAUGAAUUUUUUUUGUAAAUCUUAGUUUUUACGGCGGAUUUACGAAAAAAAUUAUGGGAAUAAAAAAAUAAGGUUAGGGGGGGUGGGCUAAAAAUUCAGAACGAACGUCCAAAUUUGGUCUGCUUUUCAAACAACCCCCCAUUUUCUCUUUAACAGUCAACUUUAGUAAGAUACCAUUUUUUAAUGGUGGAAAUUUUCAAUUUUUCAAAGUUAACUUUUAAUAUUGUACACUUGAUUGCAAUAAGGUCAAUUUUAAGAGAAAUUGUUAAUAUUUUUAAUUGUUAAAACAUGAUAAAUUAAUAUUUUUAUAUAAAUUUUUUUUCAAUUUGUUCGUUUUUUUGUGUAGAUUAUGAAAAAAAAAUAAAACAACUUCAUUUGAUUAUUUGGAAAAAAUUUAUCAACAAUUACACGUGAAUGAGUGCAUUUUCAUGAACAAGCCCUGAAACCAAUAUAAGUUUUCUGUUUUUUUAUUCUCAUAAUAUUUUUCGUAAAUCCGCUGUAAAAACAUUGAAAUAGGAUGAUUUUUCGAUUUUCUAGAGUCAAAAAACGAGGGGACCGCGAAAGUAUAAAAUUACCUUCUUUUUUUUUCGCGUAAUUGUUGAAGAUAAUUUUUUUCAAGAUUCAACUACAACUUCUUUCCAUUUAAUUAUAUUAUUAGAAUAUAUUUUUGUUCAAUUUUUUAUUUUUUAUACCUUUUUUAUAUGUUUAUGUUUCUAAAUCGACUUGAUUUUAGGUCCCUUCUGUUUUAAAAUUAGUUUUUUCUAUAAUUUUUGAAAGACAGAUAAAAUAUUCGCAAAUUGUAAGUAGUCGAAACGUAAAAGUUUUAUCUAUUUUUCAAAAAUUAUAAAAAUAACUGAUUUCAAAACUGAUCAGACCUAAAAUCAAGACGAUUUAGAAACAUAAAUAUAUUUUUGUUUUGAUAUAGUUUCCUGAAGAUCAACAAUGCUUUACAUUUACCUACGUUGAGCAAUAUGUAUAUACAUAGCCAUUAAAUAUACCAAACUACUUCAAUAUUUACUUUAUGAUAAAGUGGUACAUACUUUUAAAAUCCUAAUCAGUAAUUUUUUUUGUUUUUACAAUCAAUAUUUAGCAUACAGAGGUACUAAACAUAUCUAUAUAAUUAUGCUGCCUCAUAUAUUUUUUAUAUAAUCAACAUUCUGUUCCCUAUGCUUAAAACUAUUCAGGUGCAGGUGCAGGUGCAUGUUGACGCUCGACGCUGGCUUAGAACGUCAAAUGAGGUCACGUGGCACAAUUUUGACUGGAGCUUCUUCUUACAUUGAUGCAGCGUCAAAACUAAACAUUGUUCCAACUGUCAAAAAUGUAUUUUGUUAAAGCUGCAAUCCAAAAUCACUAAAAUUCCCAUAAUUACUAGGGAUUUCUCCUAAAAAAAUGUUAUGGCUCGUAAAAUAAAUAAUUAAAUAUUUUUAAAUAAAUAUUACAUUAAAAAUAAUAAAAUACCAUUAAACGAUUUCGAAAAAUUAAUAAAUAAUUUCAUUCAGCAACAUUUUUUAAAAUUCUUUUCUCAUAAAUUAUCGAAAACUUCAAGUAACAAAUCAUUUUCUUCAGAUUCCGGUUUUUUUAAAUCAUACAUAUUGACAUUAAAUAAUUUCUCAAGGUCCUUUAUUUUCCUUAAAUCGAAUUAAAAACAUAAAUAUUUGAAGUUAUAAAAAUAUAAUAACCCUAAAAACAUCCCAUCCCACACUUUUUCCCUCUUGAUUUCCCCUUGGCUGGGAAUCAGCUUUUAAAUAGGUUAUUAUAGCAAAAAAUCUUAACCUAUAGUAUCAGCUAUUUACUAGAGUUCUGAAAAGUGCAAUGAACUACGAGGUAAAUAUUUUAUUGAUAACGUUAACGAUUUAACAGUUAAGUUAAGAAUUUAAUCAAGCAAUUAUUGAAUAAAUUAUCUGUUGACAGAGAUAGUGUUUAGAUGCUGUAUUAAUUUAAGAUGGCGCUCUAGUCGAAAUUAUACCACGUGACCUCAUUUGACGCUUUAAGCUUGCGAAUGUCAAUAUGAAAUUGCACCUUCACGUGUCAGCUUUUCUUCACUAACAUGAUUGUUGUUACAUCCUCAUCAUUUUUCUUUUGUAACGAUUAAUGGUGUGAAAAUAAAGAGGCGUUUCCAAUAAACCAAAAGGACUUGUUGGUAACUAUGAUGGGGUUGAUCGAUCACGAUCUUAAUGUUCGGUAACUAACCCUGAUCGGGUUGACUGUUCGAGUUAAUCGGGUAAAUACGAUCAGCUCACGGGUUGUUUAUGUUUUUCUCAACUUUAUAAAUUAUCAAUUUCCCUUAUACCCUUAUAUUUGAGGCUUGCUGUUUUUAUAGUUUUUAUUAUUUCAACAAAAUUGGUAUUAAACUGUAGUGAAAAAUGUUGGUAAUUCAGUCAAUAACAUUUAUCAAACAUCUAGAAUCUAUUAUAAAACUGAAAAACGAUAAAAGUAAUAGACAACGAAGGAUUUUGUAGAUUAUAGAACUUAACCUAACCUAACCUUUCAUCGUUUGAAUUUUUUUAAGAAGCCAUUUCACAAUUCACUAUAAUUUGUUACUCCCACUGCGACCAUUUGUUAGAUUGCUCAAUAAUCUGACUGAAAUGUGCAUUGAAUCUUUAGUUUUAUUUUUAAAGUGCAUAUAACUUCAUUCUAUUCAUAUAUUAUGUUAUUAAAGUUCUGUGAGUUUUGAUUUUUAUGUAUAGAUGUAUAAUGCAAACGAAUAUAAUUUAUAUAUUAAAGAUAUGGAUUGGAGAAUAAGCCUCAACAGGCGCGAACGUACUAAUGACGUAAGCUGCCAUUUUGAUCUUAUCUUCGGCGGCAAAUUUGAAAAUACGGUAUCUAUAGACUUUAGACGUUACUUUUGAACUUGUGAUAUUUUGGAACACAUAAUAUCACUAUAAACAUAAGUAUUACUUUAAAAUUGAGGAAAUAAGUGAAUUUGCAUACAUGUACUUACAUGUGAAGAAAAUCGUUUAAUAUUUUAAGACGUUUUCACCGCACAAGACAUCGUCCCCAAUAAAAAACGAAAAUAACAACUAUAGUGUUCACUGAUACUUAUAAACUAAUAUGUGACCAAAAUUAUAGAUAGACGAGCACGUUGUUGCUUCAGAAAAUAAUCUUCAACGCCGAAUGUACCGAAUUAGCUGUAACAACAAACACAGUUGACGCAUAAUCACCAUUUCAGCCUAAAUUUAUAAACAUUAAAUAUUUAUUUUAGCAUUACUUUAUGAUAACAACAACAAAAUACUUAUUAUAACAUAAUUUUUAUGAAAAUUUGAUAAUUUUCAUAAAUCUGCGCUAUACCUAUAUAACGGACAGUUUACAACGUUUCAACUAAUGCAAAGAUCAAAAUGGCGGUCUCUUGAAGUUUGGAUGCGCAUUCGUCUAAGCUUAUUCUCCCCAAAUAUCUUUGAUUGAUUUAUAUUGUGUACUUUGAAGUUGGGAAGAGCGGGUUUGAAAUCUAUUAAUCUUCUUAUCAGUGAAAGUAUUUGUUUAUAAACGUAUCACCUAAUCAUAAAAAUAAGAGAUAUGUGACUAUAAUUUUUAGAUUUGAAACAAAGUCGUUACCAAAGAUAUAUUAAAGAUAAUAUGACAGGCAUUCAAAGUUUUUUUGAAUUUCUAUUGAAAGAGUGUCUUAUUUUUUUUAAAUUAACAACUAAUGGAAUGUUUAUUAAAAUUAUAAUAGGAAUAUUUCAUAUUUCACGAUAAAUGUUUCUGGCUGUCGGUACAGUAUUGUAUAUUAUUAUUAAACUAACUGAAAUUUUUUAGAUAGAAAAUAUAUCCAGUUAAUCGUUAAAACGAAAUUACCACGUUCGAUACGCGAUUACCCGCAUAUCCUACUGACUGCGCCAAAAAUAAAUUUGAUAUCACGAAGUAGCUCAAUUAGUAAAAAAUAUGAAAACAAUUACAAUUAAAUUAUUAUAUUAUUGCUCUUGUGAACACCGGCAAUAUUGCUGGAGUUUCUGUAAAGGCUGGCUGCUUCAGGGAAAUCGUCUGUGGGAUGCGUGCCCGUCAGCUUUUUCUUAUGGGAUCCUAUGUUGGGUAACGACAUAAUUCAUGUAAUGAGAAUAACAUCAACUUCAUCUAAACUAAUCAUAUAAAUUUUUGUACAAAAAUUUUCAACAAUAGUGACUCAAAAUUGAACCAUUAAUUUCCAAAAUUCUUUGGAAGUAGGGUUUUUACAUGGAAACUUGAAGAAUUUGGAUGUGUCAUUGGUUAAUGUAAGAAGACUCUAGAAAUAUAUAAUUUUCUUGACAAAAUUUAUGUUUAGUUUGGGUUUGAGUUUCAAUAAAUAAUAAGUUUAUUACCAUACUAUGAAUUGUGGACACAUUUCCAAAAAUAUGAGUGAAUAAUAACUAUUAUUAGUCUCUAGAAUUGUGGUAACCAUAGUUUUGCCUCCUUAUGUAGUAUUAUCAUCUUAUAUUUCCUAGAUUCAUGCAAUGUUUAAAAUAAAAUUAUUAUGUCAAACCUGAGCAAACUUUUCAAACGCAGGACCAUGUAAAAUGAAAGAAAUUGGUUUUGUAAGUGAUGGAAAUUAUAACAAACUCAUUUAUCUCUCAGCAGAUAGUACAUUCUGAUAGUGCCUCGUAUAAUUCAAUUCUAGAAACGGAAAUUAGUUGCUUCAAUUUUGUGUUAACCAAUCAGCAGUUUUUGUUCGACUUAUUUACCGUUUAUAUUAAAUGGCAUGUAGUUUUCGAUUAGGUUUUGGUUUAUAAUUCUUCAAGUCUUCAAAUAUUAGUUCAAUUCCAUGCAUUUUUGAUAGCUUUUAAGUUUGUCUUCCUAUUAAAAUAUUGAAUCAAAUAUAGUAUCCAUGUUUUUAAGUAUGAUAAUGUAUGUCUUAGUAGUAGUUCAAUGCAUAAAAUAACCUCUGGUUGUACAAAUAUAUUGAAAGUUACAAAAUAUAGACUGUUUUAGAAAUUAAACCAAAUAAUAAAAAAUAUUAGCUUAAGUUGAAUAUAUUUAAAAGGGGUUACUCUAUAAAUUUAUUUAAUACAGUCGAAUUCCCAAUUUUAGAUUUUAUAUUCCAGCGGAUAGAAAGCUUUUACACUGUUUAGAGUGCUACAUUGACUUUUUUAGUGCCAUUUUUUUAUUUCUAAAAAUAUUGUUUAUGUUUUUUUUUAGAUAUUAAACUUUAUCGAUCUAAA